CAGAAUCGAAAAAAGUCGUAAAAAGAGGGGCAUAACUGCAAAACGGGAAAAGGUACCAAGCUGAUCAAUCAAUCAAUCCACGCGCUUCGCCUCUACAACGUCUCGUACCCAGUCUCCAAAAAGUCCAGUGGCUUAACCUAACCCCUGAACAUUCACAUUAAUCUUCCCUUCCGCUACACAUGGCCCGCCGAGCCCUCCCUAUCCUGAAGCGGCUAACCGCCCCGCGCCCCACAUGGAGUCGAUCCGUGACCUACAUGCCCCGACCGGGCGACGGGGAGCCACGCCCGGUGACGUUGAUCCCGGGGGACGGCGUGGGCCCGCUGGUGACGAACGCGGUGGAGCAGGUGAUGGAGGCGAUGCACGCGCCGGUGUACUUCGAGCGGUACGACGUGCACGGCGACAUGAACCGGGUCCCGCAGGAGGUGAUCGAUUCGAUUCGGAAGAACAAUGUUUGCUUGAAGGGGGGGCUGAGGACACCGGUCGGCGGUGGAGUGAGCUCGCUCAAUGUUCAGCUUCGGAAGGAGCUCGACCUCUACGCCUCGCUUGUGAAUUGCUUUAAUCUCCCUGGCCUUCCCACACGGCACGAGAACGUGGAUAUCGUUGUGAUUAGGGAGAACACCGAGGGGGAGUACUCGGGGCUCGAGCACGAGGUGGUCCCCGGCGUCGUCGAAAGCCUCAAGGUGAUAACAAAGUUCUGCUCAGAACGUAUUGCAAAAUACGCCUUUGAGUAUGCAUACCUAAACAACAGGAAACAGGUGACGGCUGUCCACAAAGCCAACAUUAUGAAACUUGCAGAUGGUUUGUUUCUAGAGUCUUGCCGGGAGGUUGCUACCAAAUAUCCCAGUAUCAAUUACAAUGAGAUUAUUGUGGACAACUGCUGCAUGCAACUGGUUUCGAAGCCCGAGCAAUUUGAUGUUAUGGUGACUCCUAAUCUUUAUGGCAAUCUAGUGGCGAACACAGCAGCUGGUAUUGCUGGAGGAACUGGUGUCAUGCCGGGAGGCAAUGCUGGGGCUGAUCAUGCUGUGUUUGAGCAAGGUGCUUCAGCGGGAAACGUGGGAAAGGAUAAGGUAGUGCAGCAAAAUAAGGCCAAUCCUGUGGCUUUGCUCCUCUCAUCAGCCAUGAUGCUCAGGCACCUUCAGUUUCCUUCAUUUGCUGACCGGCUCGAGACUGCUGUGAAACGUGUAAUCUAUGAGGGCAAGUACCGUACAAAAGAUCUUGGUGGAGACAGCACUACCCAGGAGGUGGUGGAUGCUGUCAUUGCUAAUCUGGACUGAUUGAUUAGGAAUUGCCACCUUAUUCUCAGCUAUCACCUGUUCCCGUUGAUUCCUCCUGACGAUUCCCCCGUGGUUCCAGUUCCAUAUCAUUGUUAUUAUCCUGCUUUUCGGAAGGUGUGAUUUUUUUUUUUGAAGUAACAUGAGUACACACUAAAAUCUUGAGGGUUGUAAUAA